UUUCCACCCUCCAACAGAAACAAGUUGAAGGAUCCUCUUUAAACACAGUAAAUCACCCCAGGGUCUUGUGUUCAGUCCAUUAUCCGUCCAGUUAUAGUUUGAAGCAACUGUUUGGGAUCGAGGACUUAUUUAUCGCACUAUGGGGAAUGGCAGAAUGUACAUGAGAGGACUAUGCAUCACUUUCAAUGUCCUGCUUCUGGUAUCUGGGUUAUUUCUGUUUGUAGUUGGGGUGUCAUACAGCUUCCAACACCCUCCUGAGUUUGACCAUCGGAGUACCCUCCAUGAGAUGUACAUACUAAAUGUGUUUGGACCCAUUACUGUACUGUUCUCCAUCCUGGGAGGCUACGCUGCCUACAGAGACAAGAGAAUACUGCUGAUCCUGUAUGUUGUCUUCAUGACCUGUGAAUUCAUAGCCAUCGUAAUCAUCGCUGUGCCGAUGGUUCGUGCCCAACCAAAGAUGGAGGAGAUUCUGGACAGAAGGUUUCACUCUGUGACUCCUCUUCACGAUACUGAACCACAGGUCCAGAGGGAGCUGAACAAACUCCAGGCAUCAGAUCAAUGCUGUGGACUGCGUGGCCACUCAGACUGGGGUUGUCACAUUCCACCCUCCUGCUACUGUCCUCCACUCCCUCCAGACAACUCAUUGGACAGUCUAUGUGAGACUGUAAAUCUAGGCCUACAGAACACUACGCUAGACUGCCAGCACAAUAACACACACGGACAAACUACAACUUCAGUGUCCCAGGAGCGCUGGGUGUACAGCAAGCCUUGUGGUCCCAUCCUGAAGAGACACAUGAACUUCCUGAUUCAGAUCAUGAUCGGGUUCAUCUCUACAUUUGCCACCAUUAUGAUUGCUGCCAUAGUGAUGUCUCUGGUACUGCUGGCCCUCCAGAUUCGGUCCACAGAGCCACCGCUCAACGACAGCCUCGACAGAGUCAAGUACCAACUCAGUCCUCUAGCUGUCACCUGACCUCAGCGUCAACACCACAGAUAACCAUGCUCUGCAUGAGGACGAGAACAUGAUUCAUAUAUACCAAACUGUUAUCCUCCUGCUGGUCUUUUGUUUGGAACACUAGCUACAGUGAAAAUCAACACACGGCUAAAUUCCAAGUAAAAAACGCAUGGUGUGGCUCUCAUACCAGCUCUUCCCUGCUGUACAGUUUGGUUCAAGUCUGGCUUUUGUUUGAUUUCCUGUACAUGAUAAAUGCCAAUUAUUCCCCUCAGAUCUAACUAUUGCACCUUGUUGUUAAAGUGCAUUAAAAAAUAUGAAACGCAUGUUAAUAAUGAGUGUAUAAGUGUGGUAUGACAAUGGUGAAUGAACAAGCCAUUAUGAAUAUCUGUCCAACAUGGUGAAACGUUUUUCAUCCUCGCAACAACAAGUAUCAUGCCAGUAAACAACCAGCUCAGAGUUAAUAAAAUCAUAUGAUUUAAAUCAUUA